AUGGAUGCAGAGCCGACCCGACUCGGAAUACAGGCCGUAAGUCUCGGGAAGGAGACCAGACCCGGCAACUUAUGUCUUACUGAGCGUCACCGUAGACCGGAAACAACUCCUCACCUGGCCCCACUCUUCCAACAGGAAGCUGCCCACUGUUCUUUACCAUGGUGUCCUGCACCAAUGUAUUUGGUGUACGGUAUACUCCGUUGUCGGUCUGCAAUUCCUGUUGGUCGACGUGAAAUUGCGGACCUUAAAUCAGCUGUUCGCUUCGAAUUCAAUAUUUGCAACUUUCAGUUCUUUUCGGCUAGCGGGAUUCCAGGUCCUGAAAUGGCCCUUCUCGAUAUAGAGUCCAUAUCCCCACAAAUGGAUAACAAUUUCAAUGCAAAGAUUUUGAAUUACAAGAUUGUUGACGAUGGGAAGUUUGCACUCUAUACGAUUCAGUUAACUGUUGAUAGUUAUACGUGGACUGUGGAACGUCGAUACAGUGAAUUUGACGUGAUGGAUAUGCGUCGAUUUCCAGAUCGCAAAAAAUCGUUUCUUCCACCGAAGAGAUUGAUUCGCAACCUAGAUUCUGAAUUCUUGGAAGAGCGUCGUACUGAACUGGAAAAGUAUUGUCGCGCCCUACUUGAGCUUGAAGUGUGGUAUCAGAAGCAGAAGAAAGUUAAUUCGUUGCCCUUGCUCACAGCAAAAUUCUUCGAUUUUCAUCAAUACGAAAUUCACUCCAUUGUCGACGAUCUCUCGGUACGAUUGGGUGGCGUUGGUGAGGAAUGGCUCACAAACAGCGAAUCGUCACCGAAAUAUUUCGAGUUCACUCCCAUUGAAAUGCAUGCCAUCACGAAGAGACUUCGACUGCCGGAACCAACGGCUCCAGAUCCUCGAAUGGUAGCUGAUCUCGGUAACACGAUCGACUUUCUGCAUCGGGUUCGGGCAUUGAAAGUUCGCGGUGCGAAAGGUUAUGUCGGUACUUCAAACAUUGUCUGGAAUUCUCUUUCCUAUAGCCUUCACUUCUGCAAAAGUCUUUUAGCGUUAUGGAUUUCUGACUCGGACGUAUCAAGAGUGUGCGGUCUCGGUUCUGUUAGACGAACAUUACGUCGACUAGUCAUCCAUUAUUCUAUGAAUAAUCUCAGGGAUCUUCUCCUCGAAGAUGAGCCAUUGUUACCUGUAACCGAACUCGAACCAUGGGCCUGUCUGGAAGAAGCAGAUUUUUCUUUUAACGAACUGAAGAGUAUCGACGAAAGUGUGCGUGUUCUCGGUGGUGUUCAAAAAUUAAACUUCAGUCAUAACAAUGUGACAGAUAUUGGUCCAUACCUGCAGCAUCUCACAUGUCUCACCGAACUGGAUUUGUCUUCAAAUGGCAUUAGCUCGGUUCAACAAUGGAAUGAAGUCUUGGGUAAUGUGAAGAAGAUUAUACUUGCAAACAAUGCAAUUAAAGAUGUGACAGGAUUAUCUCGAUUGUAUUCGUUGGAAUUUCUUGACCUUCGGAACAAUGCUAUCGAUACCGUUCCAUCAGUAUACCCUCUUGGUGGGCUACCAUGCUUAGAGGUUCUACAUUUGCGAGGUAAUCCUGUUCGAAAAGUGGUGGAGUACCGUACUAGAGUACUGGAAGCCUUUGCAGAAAGAAGUUGCGAGGUAAAAUUAGACGGGCGGGCACCGGAUGAUCGCGAAAAGGAUACGAUACGAUUGCGUUUGGCAUUGCGUCGUGCGAAAGAAGAGAAAGAAGAAAAGGAGAGAAAACGUAGAGAGAAAAUUGAAGAAAAAAUACGAUAUAUAUCAGGAGACGUUUGCGCGUUCUCGGAUGAAGUAGAGUCUAGUUGA